GGGUUCAUGAACAUUCAUCUAACGCUGAUGAACCACCAUGGCCGCUGCUGUAGUAAGAGGUAUUGGCUCAAACCUUGCUAAAAACCUUCGAGAGAUUCGUCUACAUUUGUGCCAGACAUCGCCUGCGAGUCAAGGAGCAAGGGAUUUUGUGGAACAGCACUAUGUGGAACUGAAGAAGGCAAACCCCACAUUCCCCAUCCUCAUCAGGGAGUGCUCAGGUGUUCAGCCUAAGCUUUGGGCAAGAUCUGAUUUUGGCAAGGAGAGCAGUGUGGCCCUUGACAACAUGAAUGCUGACCAAGUGGCUAAGGCGCUGGAGACAGUUGUGAAACCAUAAGCAUGACCAACUAUGCUCCCCUGACGACACCUUUCCAACCGUGAGAUGGAGUGUCGAUUGUAAAUGACAUAUGUAUCACAUAAAUCUCUAUUGCUGUUCUAAUAAAUCUGAGUACUAAAUUGUGA